UUUCUCUUUGAUAAACAUAUUACUUUUCUAUCAAUAUUUCGUGACAGCAAGUGUAUCGACCAGAUUGUGUGGAAUAUUUCAGUUGUGUUCUUUUUAUUUCGUCGUUUUGAGUGAACCGAUUGUGUUUCAUCGAUGCGAAGAUAUCGUUAAUUUCUAUGGAAUCAGAAAAAUAAGGACCGAAGAUAAGGAUCAUCAAUGCCAUCUAUGAUUGUCAUCCAGAAGUAGUAGUAAGUCCGAAACGAAAAUGGAUAGACAAUCGAAACCGUAUCUCGAAAAAAUCGCUGCAAGUAUAGAAGAACGUCAUUGCGAUUUAACGGGACGUCACAGAUAUCUCCGAGAAAAAAUCACGACGAUGGAGAGAUCAAUACCGGCCCUUAUGGCGUACAACAUGUGGAAAUCUGGGAAGACCUGUGACGAUGCUCCUUUUUGCAAAAUUCGCGAAAUCAUGAAGAAACUGUCCCCCGAUUUAGACCCUACCGAAAAGCUACUUCGUAAUUUGAAGAGCACUGUCAAGGAUCUCAAUACGGAGACGACGGAGUUGCACGAUAAAAUUAUCGACGCCGAUGUUAAAUUGGAAGAAGCGGAUAUAGAGUUGGAAUCCCUCGAAUUGGCGAAUAAGGAAAUGAACGAUCAAGCUGACAAGAUUGAAAAAGAAAUUCGUAAUUAUCAAGGUGCGAGUUUACAUUCGAUUCAUUCAGACGAUGUCGUUUGUUUGACUAAGAUACAUCAGCUAGCUAAGGACGAAUUAGAAUUGAAAAAUUGCAUAACGCAAUUGGAAGAAAAAGAAAUCCUGUACGUGGAACAAUUGGAUCGUUUGCUUGCUUCCAGAGAAUUUCAAACUGUUUCCGGUAAUAACAAAAUGCUUAAACGCAUUCAAGAUCUGGAAAAUAAUGAGAAGAAGAUGUAUUGCGCGUUACAAUUUUACAAGAACAAUGUACAACAAUUAAAGAAGGAACUCGUGCGAAAAAAGAGCGAUAAUAAUAUAGAUACGACAAAGGGCGUUACGAAUCCAAAACAAGUACGAGAUAAAGUACAGAAGAUUGAAGAAAAGGAAAUAGAUCCUUCAAAGACAAAUCCGACGAGACAAAAUCGAAACGAGAUUUCGAAUGAAGAAACUGAUCAACUGAAAAAAGUAAAGAGGCCAGUUUUAGUAAAUGAAAAGAAUCAUGUACAAUAAUAAAAUAUUUAAAUCCUUUUA